AUGGAAACUGAUAGUAUAUCCUCAGUCCUAGGAGCUUCACUUCACGAGAUUAUCACACGAAUAAAAGCAGAACCACAACGAUUUCCUAAGCUCGACUUGAUCUAUGAGCCUACAGCUCCUGUCGAUGAGCCUGUUAUCCUCAGCCUACCCUCUAAUGGAAUCCGUUUACGCUUCGAUGGACCUCAGCAACGUCUGCGAUUAAUAGAAGUGUUGGAAUUUACGAAGAAUAAACUUACAUACAAUGAUCGAGAGGUUUUAAGAUCUGGUGGAACUGUUUCUCCAAAUAGCGUAGGAACGGGGCAUCUCACUGGACCAACCUUUCGACAUAUCUACAAGAGUUUAAUUGGACCUACGUUUCCUGGGGAAUACAUCAAACCCGAAGUUGGAGAUGAGACUGAAAUGGGCCUAUAUGUGUUAUCAUAUCCCGGUAUUGCAUUUUCAUUCCCUAUCCAUAGAGCAUCAUGGUCUCCGGGAAAAGAUGUUGUGUCGCUCCUCUCAUCAUCUGCUAGUCAGCCUGCUUCUUCCAUGGCGAUAUUCUCAGGGGAAUCUUGGCCAGAGGCACGAGACAAUUUAUAUACGCAGACCCUAGAAUCUUUAAAGACAUUUACCCCUUUGACGAAAGGUCGAGAGCCAGUCGCAGAUGAAGUUGGCCUUGUUCGCCUUUAUGGUGGGGGCAAACUUGAGUUGGUUCGUCGUUUCAAUAGCGCCCCUUUUUGGAUUCUUCUCGGCGAAACCACCCCUCAGGAGCUUGUCGCUGAACUUGGGCCGCCCGAUGCUAUAUAUCGAAAGAAUGAUCAAAAGAUGUCAAUCCAUAAAGCUCGAACUACAAGUAGCAUCGGGAGGCGCCCAGCUUCCACGGACCUACGAGAUGACUCUACCGAUACAGAUCAAUCUUCAGCCCACACUGCUACCGAUGACUCUGAUGAUGAAAGCAAUCAAGGAGAAGCAGCAGGAAAUGUUACGGGAGAAUGCUUCUAUAAUUACUUCUACCACGGGUUUGAUGUCUUGGUCUCUACUCCCGCUACACCCUCACAACUUCCCCCAUCCAAGGCACGCUCUCAACAGGAAAACAAUCGAGUCAUUCCUGCAGAUACUACUGCUCGUGUAGUAGCUACAAAGGUGAUAUUACAUGGCAACGUCCCAGGCUCAUAUCCCUUUAAUCGUCAUCGCCGCUGUCGCUGGGAGAUUGAAUAUCUUUCCCCAAAAUCUAAAUCUAAGAUCAUGGUUAUGAAUUCCGAAACUCCUUUCUCAUCAAUCGAAAGCAAUCUUUAUAACGAAUGGAAAAGCAUCUAUGAUAAUGUUGAAGAAGCAAAACAACGACAGCGAGGUAUGGUACUUAAUCGCGACUGGGGUGAUAGUCCAGGAAGUAGUUGCGAACUACUCGGUGGUUGGGAAGACAGCGUAGGUGGAAAGCGAAAUGCGGGAAAGGAAGAUGAGAAAGGGCUAGGAAAUACUACAUUAUUUGGAUUUCCAGGAUUGGUAUUUGAGGUGUUGAAGAAUGGAACUGUAAGUGGAGUUACGGUGUUUUAA